GUUUUUCCAUCGGGACAUGAAGCCUGAGAACCUUCUAUGUUCCGGUCCGGAGCUAGUCAAGAUAGCCGACUUUGGGCUCGCACGAGAGAUCCGGUCUCGGCCGCCAUACACGGACUACGUCUCCACCCGAUGGUACCGGGCGCCGGAGGUGCUGCUGCGCUCUACGACGUACAGCUCAGCGAUAGACAUCUGGGCGCUGGGCUGCAUUGCCGCAGAGCUGUACACGCUGCGGCCGCUCUUCCCCGGAUCGUCCGAGAUCGACGAGAUCUUCAAGAUCUGCACCGUGCUGGGCACGCCUGAGCAGGUAACGGCAAUCCGCGCCCGCGUGUACGUGCGUACGAUAGCAAGCCAUAUAGUCGAACCACCUCUACAGAACUGUCCCCUGUCCGCCGCUGUGACUGUUUCCCUUGAGUGGCCGCUCAGGGAACUCCAACUGCCACUCAAGGGAAACAGUCACAGUGUCCUUUCUGGACAGCUAGCCAUUCCCAAGAGGUGA